GCUUCUAUGACAUCUGAAGCUCCACUCCUCCAUCCCUCUGGAUUCUAGCUCCCCUUGCACCACCCAUCCUUCACCUGUCCCUGUCUAAACACACCUGCCCCACACUGGACCUUCUUGCCCAGACCUGCUGUUCACGGGCCACAAUCCCAGCUCUCCUGGACUUUCAGGAGCCUAUGCUCAGGUACCUACCUGAUGCCACCUCCGAAUGUCAUCAUAUCACCAGCAUGUGCAAAAGUGAACACUCCCUCCUUCCUAGCUCUGCCCCUAACACGCGUUAUUCUCACCUCUAGCGACUGUUACCCCAGUAAACUGGGUCACUCGACGUCCCCUGCCCUGUGCUAGGUGGCCUGGGGUCCGCAAGGCAGCUCGGCCCCGCUUUAGAGCACCUUCAAUAAGGACAAAGUCUACCGUAAGUGACCACAGGUGCCACAGUCUGUCUACCCAUUCAAACCACAAGUCUGCGCAUCACGUGAGGACCCUCUGCUGCCCCGGGGCCCUGCUCCGAAUGGGAAUGGCUGCGCGCACGGCGGGGGCGGGGCUUGCGCUCUGGGCUUGGGAUUGGGUAGUCCGGCCGGAAGGGGGCGGUCUUCUAGCCCGGAAAGGCCCGGACUUCCUGGAGGCGGCAAAUCCGGAGGAGCUGCUGUCGCCUUCAUGCUGCCCGCGGACUGCUCGCGCCGGCUGGUGGCCGAGCUGCGGGACGCCCUGGACGCCUGCGCUGAGCGACAGAGGCAGCUGGAGCGGAGCCUGCGCGUCUCCCGCCGGCUGCUGCGGACCUGGGAACCAGCCGAGACCCCGGCUCCGCAGCCAACCCCAGCGCCAGAAACCAGUGGAGAGGCCCCGUCGCCGGAAUCCACACCCAGCCCUCAAGACCUCAAGGAGCUGGAGCUUCUGACCCAAGCACUGGAGAAGGCUGUACGGGUGAGAAAAGGCAUCUCUAAGACUGGAGAGAGACACAAGGCCCUCAGCCUGAAGUCUGGGUCCGCUGCCACUUCUGCCACCACAGCCUCUGCCCCGUCCCGGGCCUCCGGCCAGGCUAGCUGUCAAGUCUCAGAGACAAAACCCCCCAGGGGCAUCCAGCAGACUGUGGUGCCUGCUAGGGGCCUCCCUGAGUGCAGGCUCCUGUCAGUGGGGGAUCGCACCCGUAUGGGGAGAGGAUCCCGAGCCACCAAGCCUGGACCAGGCCCCAGGGACCAACAGAUACCCCCAUCGGCUGCUCUUCAAGCCCCAGAAGCUUUCACACUGAAGGAGAAGGGGGCAGACGUGGACUGCUGGCUCCCACAGCCACUCUGGAAGCCCUGUUCGGGGCUUGAGGGGGGCAGCCCCCAGAGUGCGGCUUCUCUGAGCACUGGCUUCCCUGACAGGAUCCUGCUGCGGCUACCCAUGGCCUACAGGAAAGCGGCUUCCCGGAACUCCCGCCUGUGGGCCCAGCUCAGCUCUACACAGACCAGUGACUCCGUGGAUGCCGCUGCCACCGCCAAAACCCAGUUCCUCCAGAAAAUGCAGAUGACUUCCGGUGGGCCCGGCUCUGGGCUCAGUGCUGCAGCAGUGGAGGCCGAGGUGGGGCUCCUGCGGACGGCCUGUUCACUGCUGAGACGGCGAAUGGAGGAAGUGCUCUCGGCAGACCCUGCUGACUGCAUGCAGGAGUACCGCUGCCUGCUUACCCUGGAGGGGCUGCAGGCCAUCACGGAGCAGUGUCUCCACAGGCUGCAGGAGCUGCGUGCAGUGGUAGGACAGCAGCUGGGGCCGUGGCCUGUGGGGAGAUGCCCCGGAGCCUCACUGCCCUGCGGAGGAGGAACAGACCCUAUCUGGAGCCCCCAGCUUCUUCUCUACUCCAGCACCCAGGAGUUGCAGACUCUAGAGGCCCUGAGGCUGCGGGUGGCCAUGCUGGACCAGCAGAUCCACCUGGAAAAGGUCCUGAUGGCGGAACUCCUCCCCCUGGUGGGCACACAGGGGCCACACUGGCUAGCGCUUUGCCGAGCUGUGCACAGCCUGCUUUGCGAGGGAGGGGAGCGCUUCCUCACCGUCCUUCGAGAUGAACCUGCCGACUGAACCUUUCCCGUGGCCGGCUGCCACCCCCGAGCCCCGUUCCCAGGCCUCGGGACCCUGGCAUGAGGGUGACCUUGUUCAGACACUGAGACUCUUGGGAGACCACUCCCUGCCCCCCACUAGUUAACAGGGACUGAGAGGAUUUCCGAUGCAGAGAUGGUAUACCCACUCUGGUAAACCAGCUUUCCCAGGUGGGUUGAGGACAGUCCCCUGGCUCUUCCUGAGGAACCCAGGGCCCUUCUCACAGCAGCUAAAGGGAGUAGUCAGACCUCUGCUUGGCUUUGCCUUCCCCAGGCUGAGACCGGAGGCCUUUCUGGGGCUUUUUGUAGUACUUCUGUUUCUUCUCGCUUUAGAUCUAUAAGCCACUUGUGUGACAUUAACACUACUUUAGCAAGUACGUAUAUUGAAAUCACACUAAGAUGGGA